UUGAAUAUAAAACGAGUUUUUCAGCCAUGUUAUCUUUAAAAUAUUUGGAAUAGAUGGCAAAAAUGUGAUAUAAGAUUUGUAAGCUUGUGUUCUGUUCUCAACUUAGUGGAGCUAUUUUCUUACUGAGACAAGAUGCCGAUUCUCCACGAUGAUCCGGCAAUGUACAUCUCGCUGGUCACUAAGGCAGAGUGGGAGGGGAAGCCAGCCCUAGGGGACUUGCCCCCCGUAGAACCCCCCGUGCCUUUCGUCCGAUACACAUACACAUCUACGGAAACCUGCAAAACCCUGGAGCACUGCAGUCGAAUUAUGCAGGACUUGCAGAAGUACGACACAGAGGAAAAGGGACUGCCAGACAUUAGAUACAAUUUUGUGGUCGGAGGAGAUGGAAAGGUCUACGAGGGUAGAGGGUGGGAGAAAGACGCUCAAAGACCUCCGGAAUUUGACCACUUGAAGGGCAAAUGUAUUGACAUAGCUUACUGUGGAAACUAUAAGGACGAAAACCCUCCCAUGAAAAUGCUGAAAGCAGGUUUGAACUGCCUAACCCAAGGACUGAAAUAUCAGCAUAUCAGCCCUUGCUUUGAAGUUGUUCCUUAUAAUUUUACUGGUCAGGCGGAGGAGCAAUCCGACCAAUUAGAAAAUCAAAGUUUACCAGACAGCACAGAACAAAAACCCGAAUAAAUUUUAAAUAUAAAUAAAACUC